AACUACUUUCAAGUUUUAAUCAUAUGAUUAUCUUUCAAUUCAAUUUAGGACAAAACAUUUAAUGUAUAAGCAUGAAUGCGAGUUAUAUAGUCGGGAACUAUAAUGUCAUCUAGAUUGGAUUCUUUUGAAAAUUUUUUUGAUGAUAAAAAAUACUCUGAUAAAAUAAAAGGUAUAUUUGAAGCUUGUAAAAAUGGAGAUAUAAUAAGAGUCAAGCUUUUGCUUAAUAAAGAUAACAUUGAUUGCCGAGAUGAUCAAGGUCGCAAAUCAACACCAUUACAUAUUGCAGCUGGAUUUGGUAGGCAGGAAGUGGUAAAUUAUCUAAUUCAGAUAGGUGCCGAUGUCGAUAUAAAAGACGAGGGUGGCUUAAUACCCCUACAUAACGCGUGUUCAUUUGGUCACUACGAGGUCGUUCAACUGUUACUGAAACAUAAGUCCGAUCCAAAUUCUACUGACAAUUGGAAUUUUACGCCCUUGCACGAAGCGGUUAUCAAGGGAAAGGCGGAGACUUGCCUCAUAUUGAUUCAGUACGGGGCGAAUUUUAACUUAUCCAACUCUGACGGAAAAUCCGCGUUCGAUAUAGCCGACCCGGUUGUCAAAUCCGUGUUUACGGGCGAAUACAAAAAAGACGAAUUACUCGAGGCCUCUAAGUUGGGCAACGAGGAAAAAUUUUGCUACUUGUUGACACCUUACAACACCAACUGCCACGCCGACGAUGGUAGAAUGUCAACGCCACUCCAUUUAGCCAGCGGGUACAACAUAACCAGUAUAGUUAAAAUACUUCUGAAAAAUGGUGCCGACCCUCAAGUCAAAGAUAAGGGUGGCUUAGUCCCCCUCCACAACGCCAGUUCGUAUGGUCACUUUGAGAUAGCCGAACUUUUAAUAAAUCACGGAGCCGACGUUAACGCCCAAGAUUUGUGGCACUUCACUCCCCUACACGAAGCGGCUCAUAAAAACAGGCUGGAUGUUUGUAGUCUACUCAUAAGUCACGGCGCCGACCCAACUUUACUCAAUUGUCACGGUCGUUCGACCUUCGACUGUGCCUACGACGAUGAGCUUAGGACCAGGAUGCUAUAUGAAUACAGAGGAAUCCAAUUUUUGGACGCCAUACGCAAAAGCGACAUGGGCCGUAUAAAAAAAUUUGUAAACGAAUUACACGGUUUUAAGCAUCCCUUGAGCGGCGAUAACGCGCUUCACGUUGUUUCCCAAUCUCAGCCAACCAAAAAAAAGCAGAUAAUAGACUACUUAAUCAAGAAGGGAUGCGAUCUUAAUGAAAAGAACAAUGAUAUGUUGACUCCCUUUCAUGUCGCCGCCGAUUUAUCUCACAUUGAUAUUAUGGAUCAAUUAUUCAAAUGUGGGGCUAAGAUCGAUUCUUUGGAUACUCUUAACCAGACAGCUCUGCACCGUUCCGCUAAGCAAGGUACGUCUCAGAUAUGCAAAGCGCUCUUAGCCUACGGAAUAGAUCCAAACAUUGUAUCCUUGCACGGUUUUAAAGCUGUGAAUUUAGCUUCCAAUUUGGAAACGCUAGAUGUUUUCAAGGAUGGUCACAAAGGUUUGAAUAGAUCGACAUCCGUCAAAUCCCAGGUCAAGAAGAAGGGUAGUAACAAACAAGAAAUGGAUGUCAAAAGUAAAGCGAUCGAAGUCGGUCUUCCUUGUCAAUCAGAGGAUAUAAAGAAAGUGGAAAUUAUUCCUCAGACGGGCGACCUUUGUUCUUAUGAUAUAGUUGAAGCAAUAUUGGAAGCUUGCAAAAUAGGUGAUAUUCAAACUUUUUUGAAGUUGAUUAAAACCUAUCCAGACAUGCUGUAUUGCAAGGAUUUGGAAGGUAGACACUCCACGCCUUUACAUUUUGCGGCCGGGUAUAAUAGGGUAGCUAUAGCAGAAUUACUGUUGGAUAUGGGUGCCAACGUUCACGCCAGAGAUAAAGGCGGCCUAAUACCUCUUCAUAACGCUUGCUCUUACAACCAUACGGAGAUGACCGAAAAAUUAUUGCUUAAAGGUCAUACUUGCCCCGAUACCCCUGACCUGUGGGGUUAUACAGCGUUACACGAAGCGGCCGCUAAAGGAAAAUUCGAUAUGUGCAAAAUCUUGCUUAAAUAUGGAGCCGAUCCACUUAAAGUUAACAGAGAUGGACUAACGGCUCGAGCUUUAUAUUCUCAGAAUGAUCCGGAUCUCAUGGACCUACUCAUGGAUGGAGGUAGAGCUGCUUUAUUGGAAGCCUCCAAGAUAGGGGAUCUGGAUAAGGUUAAAAGGCUGGUAACACCCGCUAACGUUAAUUGUCGCGACACCAAAGGUCGUUAUUCUACGCCGCUGCAUUUGGCUGCUGGUUUCAAUAACGUGUCCGUAAUCCUGACCUUACUCGCAGCUGAUGCCGAUCCAAACGCUCGUGAUCGUGGCGGCCUAAUACCACUUCAUAACGCCGCUUCUUAUGGCCACGCUGAUGCUGCCGCCGCCCUUCUUCAAUCCACUUCUAUUACAAAUGCAGGAAUUCAAAGGGUGGUCGAUGGGGUAAAUACGCGAGACAAAUGGGGAUUUACACCGCUUCACGAGGCUGCCCACAAGAAUAGGACACAACUUUGCGCCCAGCUCUUAGCUCACGGAGCCGAUAUACGAGCAGUAAAUAACGAAGGGGCGACACCCUUCGAUCUUACUACAGCUGAUGAUUGCAAAUGCUUGUUGAAGGGUCUCAUGGGUACCACCACCCAACUUAACUCACCAGCUUCGCCCGUUUACCCAACAAAGUCGGAAGGCGAUGUAUUAUCAAUCGAUGCCUCAGUCGACCUACCCGGUACCUCUUUCGUCAAUUUAAGCCCGCUAGAUUUUAAAGAGCACGGGGAUGGCUUGGUAAUCGAUUAUCCCGAUGGUUUAAAUUUAAAAAACGGUACAAUGAUAUCCGACACUUGUAAUCUCGAAUUGGAAUCUUUUCUGCGAAAGCUUAAUCUGAAUCAAUUGUAUGGUAUGUUGGAAAAGGAAAAGAUCACCUUAGACAUAUUGAAAGAGAUGGGCCACGAAGAAUUGAAAUCGAUAGGGAUAGACGCUUACGGCUACCGUCACAAAUUGCUGAAAGGAAUAAAAAUGUUAUCUACGAAAUUAGAUAAAAAUGAGUCCUCUACUUCGAACAUGUCCCAGGAACAGCUGAUAAACCAUUUUACCGAUAAUAAAGUUCACUGUUCGGUAAGAACAACCCUUUUUCGAUUGAAUCGCGACAGUAGAGAAUUCGCUCUGAUCGAAAAUAUGAUGCAGAGUACUAUCAAAGAGCACAGGGACCAAGGGCUAGCGGGCGGCACGUUUAAUCGUUACGAUAUCCUCGAUAUCGAACGGGUCUCCAACAAAAGUUUGUGGGAAAAGUAUCUCCAUAGGAGGAUCGAAAUAUCGGCCGAAAACGGGAGUGACCACAAUGAAAGAUUUUUGUUUCACGGGUCACCAUUCGUUUGCAUCAUUGCGAGGAAAGGGUUUGACGAGAGGCACUCUUAUUUAGGGGGGAUGUUUGGAGCAGGCAUUUAUUUCGCCGAGAAUUCUUCCAAAAGUAACCAAUAUGUUCAUGGGAUCGGUGGCGGCACGGGUUGCCUUGACCAUAAGGACAAAUCUUGUUACUUGUGCAAUAGGCAAAUAUUAUUAUGCAGGGUGUGCUUAGGAAAAUCUUUCGUUCAAGUUUCCGCAAUCAAAAUGGCUCAUUCGCCUCCCGGACAUCAUUCUGUCGUAGGUAAACCGACGGAAAACGGUUUACUACAUUCGGAAUACGUCAUUUAUCGUGGGGAACAAGCGUAUCCCGAAUAUCUCGUCACUUAUCGCAUAUCUAUUUAAAUUCUUUUUCUUUCAUGUAUAUAUAUAUAACCUGUCAAAUUAUCAUGAUAAAAUUCCAUAUUAUUCUUUGAUAAGAUAUUUUGAUAAUAAUUUAGGACUAUAAGAAUUCCUACAUUAUUUUAAUAUCAUUAUCACUUAAUAAUAAUAAUAAUAAAGUAAUCAAUACGUAGUGUUUAUAUUUAUCCGUGAUCAACAAAUUUUUUUAACUGUACACAUUAGUAAAAAUUACCAUUUAAUUAGUUUUUAAAAUUUCAUUAUUAAUUAUCUUAAAAUGUAAAAUUGGGAGAUUAGAGUCAAAUAAUCCCAGAAUAUUUAUUUUAAAAACGUUAUAAUGUUUAUUAUAAUCCUAUUCAGCUUCACUACAAAAAAAAUUUGGCUGAGUUUUU